UAAUAAUUUAAAUGAUUAAAUCCAAUGAUUUAAAACUCGAUUAAUUCUGGCGUACGUAACUGUAAAGUCGUUUCCCGCCAGCAGGUGGCAUCACUGUGCCGCCGUACGCGUCUUUGCUCCCGGAAGCAACCGCUUCUGUUUCUUCUCUUGCGGAUUCUCUCUCAGCGCUGUAGAUGCAGUGGUCAUGGUGCUUGACCUCUGCAAGCCACAUUUUAAGACCUCCAUUCAAUGCAACAAGCUGUGUGCCGACGGUUACGACGUCUCCAACCUUCUAUCCGGGGACCCGAUGGCGCGCCGGAGGGGAUUCAAACUGGAAUACUUCCUCCGGCCUCCUGUCCACGUCACGCUGAGCUUCCAGGUUGAGAUGGAGUUGUGUCGGCUGGACCUUGAGCUUUGGCCCUGGGGAAUGGAUCAGGGUCGCACCUCCCGGAGGAUUGAGAUCCUGGCCUGUUCGGAGCGAGACAGCGAGUCGUUCCAGCUCGUGGCUCGGAGUGAUUUGCAGGAGGAGCAGCAGGUGUGUUUCCUGCAUCCAGCUUUCAAACCUCGAGAACCGUUCGCCGAUCCUCCGCCUCCGCCGGCGGCUGGAGCUAAAGCACAGGAGCUCUGGAGCCGCGGAUCGCUCGGCACCGUCGCUCGGCUCAGAAUCAGCAUUCCCUACAGCGGCGCUGCGUCUGCGCUGGGAAUCAAGUCCCUCGCCGUUUGGGCUUCGCCUUCUCGUCGCUGUCCCGCUUCUGAACUGGAAAAGAUUCGGGACGCACACCUAAACAGCCUGAAAACAAACCAUCCGACCACCGCACCUCCCAAACCCGAUCCCAUUGCAACCGAUUUAACAAUUCCAGAGGAAUUCCUAGACCCGCUGACACAAGAACUCAUGGUUUUCCCGAUGAUCCUACCUAGCGGAAUGAUCAUCGAUAACAGCACUUUAGAGGAGUACCAGAAGAGGGAAGCGACAUGGGGCCGUCUGCCUAACGACCCGUUCACUGGCGUUCCUUUCACCCGGAGCUCAAAACCUCUUCCGAACCCUCUCCUCAAAAGCCGCAUUGACCGUCUGGCUCUGCAGACGGGAUGCACGGGAGUCGGGAGCAGGAAUAACCUACUAACGAAACCACAACCGUCCAGACUUGCGUCAGGGGAGGUCAAAACCGUUACGGACUCCAGUAGAAACUGUGAUCACACAGACACUUUAAGACAGUUUGGAUCUGUUUCAGGCCCGACACCAGCACAGACGCAGAGCCGUUCUACUAAAAGGAAGUAUGACUCCAGUUUUCCCUCCACCAGCGCCGAUCCCGGUCGCUCUCCUUUGAGGAAACCUCACCCCUCAGAGUCAGAUUCACAUGAGCGGCGGUUAGCAGACAGUUUAGAUGAGGCGCUGAAUGCUGCGCUUCAUGGAUUACCAGUGUUCACUUCACCUAGCAAAACCUCUUCCUGUGGAGACACGUCCGCUGGACAGCACACGUGUGCGUUUUGCUCUUGUUCUCUGUCGGUGUAUUCUUCUGGCGUCCUGUCGUACGCUCUGCCCUGCGCUCAUCUCACGUGUGGACCGUGUUUGCGACAGAAACGACCGUCUGAUUCUCAGACUCUGACGAUUAAAUGUCCCACAUGUGGCACAUCUGCGUCAGGUGGUGACAUCACACGAGUGCAUCACUGAACCGCACACCUCACACUUCUGAAUAUUCAUCAUGAGCUCAUUUGUUUGCAGAUUUUGUGUAUAAUUUUCAUUAAAUAAUUAUUGAAAAAUGAGAA